AUGUCUAGUUCUACGUAUAUCUACAGGGUGAAGGCAUGGUGUCGGGGAAAUCCAUUUACCAAGGAGGUGUCUAUCAUUUUUGGCAGCCCAGAUGAAGGUUUUGUUCUGAUUGAGCAAGAGGUUGACAGGGUGCUCGGUGCUACCAGUCCCGUUACAUUGGCUUCCGCGGCUACUGUUGAAGAUAGAUGCAAGCUGACGUUCUUCCACGAUUCGGAACACUUUGGAUUUGGGUGCUAUUCAUUGCUACGAUCAUUGAGUUAUCCCCGCCGUUAUAUCCCAAGCCAGCUUGGACAAAUAAAGUCAGAUGCAAGGGCUGCAACUUUGUUUUUGAGCGGCAAGAUGUAUGAGCUAACUCUAGAUGAAAUUUUUGAUGGUAGGUGA